AAUUUUUCAGAGCACACUCAAUUGCUGGAAAUAACUAUGAACUUCCUGUUUUUCCUUUUCCUCCUGGGAGCCUGUUUCUUAGGGCUAACGUAUGCUAGAACCAUCACGCCAGAAGAAGCGAAAUUCUUGGAUGAAUGUGAAAAGAAGUGCAAAGUUGUCAAUCACACAUGCCGAAGAAACUGUUCCUGCAAGUUAUGGAAGGAAUUUUGCUGAAUGAAAAGAGCACUUUUCCUCAUUGCAUGUUUCUUCUUGUGAUAAGAUGAAAUAAAGCAUUGUGCAGCGUGUUUGCA